AGGCCCAUAAUAUCAAUCGUAGUUUAAACUAAAAUCGAAGGUUUAAACUGUCACUGAAGAUCAACUCGUAAUUUCAAUCAAAGUUAAACUGCCCUUCAGAGUUUAAACUAUCGCAAAGUUUAAACGACCAUGAGGGAGCGUUUAAACCAUGAGUUGGGUUUAAACUGCUCUUUUUAAAAUGGCUGCUCGAAAUUAACAGCUGUUGUUUCCUGUCAAAGUAAAUGUAAUAUAAAGUUAGUGUCAGUAAAUAGAGAUAAGUAUUAGGUAAAAUUAAGUAAAAAUUUAAUUGUUAACAAAAGUAGGCAUUUAUAGUGUUAUAAAAUGGCUGAGUGGAAUGAAGACACUGAUUCUGAUAUUGAAGAUUUAGAAAUUCUCAAUGACUUCAAUUCGUAUUUUAACAGACCUUAUCUAGUCAGACCAAGAGAAAACAAUUUCGUUAAGUGGGACGAUACGGAGUUUAUACGUCGUUUUCGUGUAUCUAAGAAUACAGCUUUUACGAUUUUAGAAGAAAUUGCUAAUGACAUAUCACACCCCACAAAUCGGAAUCAUGCAUUGUCAGCGUGUAACCAGUUAUUAUUAACCUUGCGUUAUUAUGCUACUGGAUGCAUGCAAAUUACUGUUGGCGAUUUCAGUGGUGUUCACCAAACGACAGCAGGAAAAGCUAUUAAAAAAGUUACCGAAGCGAUUGCAUCAAGACGAUGCCGAUAUAUAAUGCUGCAAGAUUCUGAAGAAGACAAAAGGAAACAUCAGAAUGGAUUCUACAAUAUGGCUAGGUUUCCUCUAGUGUAUGGAGCCCUUGAUUGUACUCAUAUACGGAUUCAAUCACCAGGUGGACAAAAUGCAGAGUGUUUUAGGAAUAGGAAAGGCUAUUUUUCCUUAAAUACUCAGGCAGUUUGCAAUUCAGACUUGAAAUUUUCGAAUAUUGUGGCUAGAUGGCCGGGGGCAAGCCAUGACAGUACCAUUUUUCAAAAUAGCAGACUCUGUGCUAUUUUUGAAUCAGGUCAGAUGGGCCAACUAGUUCUUCUCGGUGAUGCUGGAUAUCCGAACAAAAAAUAUCUAUUGACACCUCUACAAAAUCCUGUCACAGAAGCUGAGAAACUAUACAAUGAGUCUCAUAUACGAACUCGGAAUUGUAUAGAGAGGGCAUUUGGCAUAUGGAAGAGACGGUUUCCAGUUUUGUCAUUGGGAAUUAAGACCAAAGUUGAACUGGUACAAGAUAUCAUUGUUGCAACAGCCAUUUUACACAACUUGUGUAUCAAGCAUAAUGAUGUCAUGCCUAACUUAGAUGUUAACUUAGAAAAUAUCAUUGAUGUAACUGGCAGUGAUAACAACCAAGAUACCACCCUCAGCAGCAAUUACAGCAACAAUAGUUAUAGAAGGCAAAUGUUAAUUGACAAUUACUUUAGUAGUUUACAAUAGCUGAAUUCCUUUUAAAAAAAGGAAAAUCAAAAUAUAAAGUAAAUUUACUACUAUAUUUGAACUAUUGUCCUUUAUAUGUUUAAUAAAACCAAUUUUUAAUAUGAAAUGAAAACAA